AUGUCGGGAGGUGCUAGUGACAAUGUUCUAUCCCUCACUACCGACGAGUUGAAAGAGAAGAUUGCCGAGGAAGUUGGUAGGGCCAUCGAAGUCAGUCUACCAAGAUUUGUGGAAAGAAUGCAAAACACCUUACUUUCGACUAUGGAAGAAAGAAUUGGUGAACUAAGAGAAGACCUUACCAGUGAUAGGGGCAAGGCUAAGGAAAAGAAAGGUUGUUCUUACAACAAGUUUAUGGCGUGCAAGCCCCCGGUUUUCAAUGGAGAGGUAGAUCCAAUUGCUUGUCAAAGGUGGAUAAGCGAUAUUGAAGGUGUUUUCGAACGUACGCAUUGUGAUGAAAGUGACUUCGUGGCGUAUGGAACUGGCCAACUUAGAGGCCAAGCCAAGGAUUGGUGGGACAACCUCAGAAACGAAAGGGGUGUUGAAACAAUAAGGGCGAUGACUUGGGAAGCUUUCAAAGUACCAUUCCUCAAACAUCACAGCCCCAAGGCGGUGAUAAAUAAGAUAAAGGAAGAAUUCAUGCAAUUAAGGCAAAAGGGUGAAACCGUUGAUAAGAUUACGGGAAUGUUCAUGGAUAAGCUCAAGUUUUGUGAUGACUUGGUCAAAACUGAAGAACAGAAAAUUUAUUAUUACCACACCAUGCUUAGGGCUGAAUAUAGGGAGUUCAUGACUCCCUCACAUUAUGAAAGCCUUACUGAUAUAAUCAAUGCGGCGCGGGAACGCGAGAUUGAACUGAAAAGACAAGUUGAAAGAGGUGAAAGGAGGGCCUUGGAUGAAAACCCGAGUCCCACAAAGAAGCCGAAGGUAGCUGAAUCUUCGAAGAAAGGAAGUGCAAAAGGAGGAUCUCCGAGUUGCAAAACAUGUGGACGCACUCAUAAAGGUGAAUGCUAUUUCAAGAAUAAACCUUGCGUGGCAUGUGGCAAGAUAGGGCAUGGGGUUGCAAAUUGCCCCGACAAAGUAAUGGUGUGCUAUAAAUGUUACCAACCGGGUCAUAAAAAGUCAGAAUGUCCGGAAUUGGUGGGAAACAAAGAGAGUGCCGGUUCUAGGGAUGAGACCCCAAAGGCUAAGGCAAGGUCGUUCCAAAUCACUGCUGCGGAAGCAAAAAUGGAACCCGAUGUGGUUACAGAAGUAGGUAAUAACAAAUGUUUUCUUGUUUGUGAUGUAUGCCGGGAAUGCAAAUUGAAUAUCGAUGGUGAGGAAUACUCCAUUGAUUUAAUACCCAUGUCCAUGGGUGAAUUUCAAGUGGUCGUCGGAAUGGAUUGGCUAUCCCGCUACCAUGCUAAGGUGAUAUGCUUACGUAAGGAGAUACACCUAACGUCUCCGAGCGGAAGGCGUGUCAUCAUUUAUGGGGAGAAGGCUUGUAAUCCCGUGAUAUGCUCAAUAGUAGAAGCCCGCAAGUGUAUACUACACGGGUGUAAGGCAUAUCUAACUUAUGUGCGGGACGUCGAAAAAGAAAUGCCCAAAAUUGAAGACGUACCUGUGGUGCGUGAAUUUAAAGAUGUCUUUCCCGAGGAUCUCCCGGGAAUACCACCAGAGCGAGAAAUAGAGUUCGGGAUUGAACUAACCCCGGGUGCUAAACCGGUUGCUAAGGCACCGUAUAGGUUGGCACCUUCGGAACUGCAAGAGUUAAUGUCUCAGUUGCAAGAUUUACUAGAGAAGGGAUUCAUCCGGCCUAGCGUGUCUCCUUGGGGGGCUCCCGUGUUAUUUGUAAAGAAGAAAGACGGGAGCACGCGGAUGUGUUACUAUCGGAGAUUCAUUCAGGAUUUCUCCAAGAUCGCAACGCCGUUGACCAAAUUGACCCGCAAGAAUGAGAAGUUCGCCUAG